AUGGAAGCCGUCAACCGGAGUAAGGAGACCAGAGGAAUGAAGCAGAUGAUGGGCGGGAAGCGGGGGGGGGGGGGGGGUAAGAGAUAUGAUCUGAUGAGGAGAAGCAAGGAGGAAGAAGGGGGCCGGAUUGAUGCCUUAAGGGUGUUUGCAAGCGUUGCUUUGCGCACAAGUGGAGGAGGCUGGGAACCAUCGCUUGCAAUGCUCAGCCUCGACCAACCAUGUCCAGCCACCAUCCACCACGUGGUGGUCACUGCGCCGCUCGCUGCCUUUGAUUGUAGCAACUACAGGUCAAGAAAGAUCUCGACAGACAACAAAUCAAAUCCGGCAUAUCAGGCUUUGUCCGAUCGGCGGACUUGCAAGAUCGAGUCUGGGCCGUGGAAUGAACUAACAGUGUGGUCAACGAGACAAGGGAAUGCAGAAAUCACUUGUGCAAUCGGCAAGAAAUGGUACUUGCCAUACAGUAUAAGCAUGAUCUCGCGAUAUCUCGAAACCCCUGUUGUAUACGACAAAAUCAUGUCCUGA